AUUUUAUGAUUUUUUAACCACCCCCUCAAGCCCGUCCUUAUCCCCGUCCGACGUUAAGACAUAAACCUUAUAAAUAUAGAUCGAGUUAGUAAUAUUUUUAAGAUUUUUGUUUACAUAUAAAUUUCGCGUUUUAAUAUUUUAGAUUUUGACAUGCAUUUGAAUCCCCCCCUCGCACAAUGUCACAUUUCGUUGAUCCGCCCUCCCCUUAACGUGUGACGUAAUUUGUGGAUGGUCCCUAAUUAGUAUCGAUCAACUAACCACGACGUAGAUCGAAUUUGAAAUGUGUCCCUUCAAAUUUUUCAAAAAUACGAAAUUUUAUUUCCGAAAAAUCCCCUAAGUGUACUUAGCGUAGUAAUUUGCUGAUGUAACAAUGCUGAUUGUGUUUAUGUGGCGCUGUGGGUACAGACGUUUCGGCACAAAGUGCGCCGGUUGCGACCUGGGUAUUCCCCCGACGCAGGUGGUCCGCAGGGCUCAGGACAACGUCUACCACUUGCAAUGUUUCGCUUGCGCCAUGUGUGCUCGUCAACUUAACACCGGAGACGAAUUUUAUCUAAUGGAAGACCGGAAACUCGUCUGCAAACCUGACUACGAAACAGCAAAAAGUAAAGCUGCGGAAUGUAUGGACGGAGAUCAACCUAACAAAAGGCCUCGUACGACAAUAACUGCCAAACAAUUAGAAACUUUAAAAAAUGCUUACAAUAAUAGUCCGAAGCCAGCAAGGCACGUAAGGGAGCAACUAAGCCAAGACACGGGCUUAGAUAUGCGAGUCGUCCAAGUGUGGUUUCAAAAUAGAGCAAAAGAAAAACGACUGAAAAAGGAUGCAGGUAGAACGAGAUGGAGUCAAUACUUUAGGUCAAUGAAAGGGGGUUCAUCACCACGCCAUGACAAACUGUUAGAUAAAGAUGAAUUGAAAGUAGAUCUUGAUAGUUUUAGUCAUCAUGACUUAAGCGACGACAGUUAUGGGACUGUGGUUAAUAUGAGUAUGGAUCAGGAUACCUCUUCGCCUCACAGUGGUGUCGGUCGUCCUCAUCCGUUCCUUCACGGGUCCACUUCGCCGUCUUAUCUUCCGGGUCACACUCCACCACAAGGCCACGACCACUUCCCUUAUUCGGAUCAACUGUCUGUUUACGCUCCUCUUGGCCAAGGUCCUCCACCAGGAAUUGGGAUUCCUCACGGCAUUCCCGCAAACGGUGAUACAGAUAUUAGUAACGAUAGCAGUCCCCGGGGAUACCCUGACUUCCCUCCAAGUCCCGACUCGUGGUUGGGUGAACCGUCCAGCGCACAUUACUGACCCAGCCAUACCAAAAUUCCCAUCAAUCAUCAUCCAAACCAUUCUCGAUGACACCGCUUUAUUUAUACUAACAAUAAUAACAAUUUAAAUCAGCACACGCAUUAUACCGCACAACAGUUGCGUCUUUUGGUUUCUAACACUUCAACGACGCCUCCGUUUGGAUUAAUUGGAUAAAUAUCCAAAUUGCCCGUAACACUUGAAUGAAGAUUUUACAAGGACCAUUUUCAGUCGCUAGUGCAACCCAAUUUUCUUUACUUUCUACCGGACUCAUAGCUACUUUUUCAAUUCUGUGCAAGGAUUUGUUCGUUCUUGACGUUUCCGAAGGCAUGUUCAAAAAGAAAUGCCUAAAUAAAGACCAUUAUGCCUUAACAUUGAUAUAAAAAUGCGGGGAUAAUUCGAAAGAUUGAGUAUUUGGAUAUCAGAAGUAUAGCAUCAUUAAUACUCGAGUCAAAAAAUUGUGACUCAUUUUGUCCUCAUUUGAUCUCAAUAGAAUUUUUAGAGAUAUUUCAAACUACAAGACUCAAAAGUCUCAUUUU